AUGACUCCUCAAAUACAGUACACAGUUCAAUAUAGCGCCAGGCUCUGCACUGGGGGUUCCGAGGGGGGCCUUCGCCAUUCUGAGCCGCCUUUUUUCCUGCGCUCCUCGGCGGCUUUGGCGGCCUGUCCAGCGAUCGCAUCACAUUCGGGUUCGCGAGAGGCUGCAAACCAAAGGCUUUUGUCGUUGUUUUGUGUUCCCCAGCCGGGGGAGUCCGACACGGAGGAGGAGCGCUUUGGACUCUCCACCAACUACGCCGUGUUCUUCCGCCUGCGGGAUGAGGAGAAGAGCCGCGCUAUCAAUCUCUGCGUCGGCGACUUAGUAUUAGUCGUCCAGGCUCAUCACUACGCGCUGGAUGCGAUAGAAUAUAGCAACUAUAUCAUGCAGCUAGCUGCCAAUUAUGUGGACCACCUACUGGCUAUGGUAGCACCUAUCCGGGAUAAGCGCACGAUCAGCCUGCGACUGGACUCGUAUCCUCCCAUGAGCAUGUUAAUGACUGAUCAUAGGCCCGCGGACGUUGGUAGCUUUGACUUUGGCUUCGGGAAGCCGAUUACCUAUCGGCAUUUAUUUGGCGGCUUCUCGACGGCGGGCGCCGUCGUCAUGUACGCGCCUGUCAGGUCCGCCGAUCCUGACGAAGGGUGCGUCUUUACAGUGACCAUGGAGAAGGAGCUGGUGGGAAAAAUGAGGGCGAUGCCCGAAUUUUCCAACAUUUUCGAAUAUCGCGGUGUUGACUAG